UGGCUCUAGAAAUUCCCCAAUAGGAGGAGACGAGGGAGCGUAUAAAACUCCUGGCAGGCAGGUCAGUCAGACAACUGCUAACAAAGCUCACUGACACUGAACUGAACUACAGGUUUCAACAGCAGAUCUUUACUCAGUAAGAGAUGGACUUCAAAAUGAGCUACAUGGCUGAGGAAUGGAGCCUCAAGAUGCCCAAGGGACUGGACUUGAAGGUUUUACAUCAUCCAGUGACAAUGAAGAGUGUAGCCCACCUAAUCAUUGCCGUGAACCGGUUAAUGACCAGCACGUCAGGGUCAGUGCUGAGCACAGACUUCCAGGAUGAAAACCUGCUGCCCAUCAGGUUGAAGAGCUUUUUGGAAGUGCACCUGAACAUGUCGACCUACGCGCACCCUACACCCAUCGCUGAGACCAGGCCUGUCGCUCUGGGCAUCAAAGGCACAAACCUCUAUCUGUCUUGUCACGAGGAUGACGACAAGCCAACCCUCUACCUGGAGGAGGUGACGGAUAAAAACAGUCUGUCAAGGAUAAGCGCUGAAAGCGACAUGGUGCGAUUUCUCUUCUAUAAACGCGACACUGGGCUCAGCAUCAGCUCUCUCAUGUCUGUCCGCUGCCCCAACUGGUACAUCAGCACAGCGCAGGACGACGACCAGGUGGUGGAAGUGUGUCAGGAGGCCGCCCCACGCUACAGAAGCUUCAACAUCCAGCGCCAGAGUUAAAACCCAUUAAGGAUUCCCAAGAUGAAUUUUGGAGCUCUAUUUGCGUUCCAGGUUGACCUUCUUAAAGUAUGUGCUAGGUACAUAAAUUGGAAUGAUUAAUGAUGUAAAGUUACAUCACAAGGUAGCAUCAUUGUGCUCUCUGAGCAUCUGGUGUGUAGUUAUGUAUUUAUUUAUUUAUUUUUAUUUCCAUUUUUAUAUCUUAUGUCUUAUUUUUCUUUAGAGUUGAUUGAAAGGUAUUUGAUAUGUGAGACUUAAACUUCACACCAGUCUUUUUAUGUGUUUAAACUGUGUACUAUAAAAUUUUCAUGCAAUGAGAAGGCUGUAGAUUUAAGAUGGAAUGACGUACUGUAAUACUCUUGUCUAAAGUUGACACAUUGUUUUAAAUCUUUUGUUGUGUAAAAAAAAAAAAAGCUCUAAUAAUAUGUUUCUUGCAAAGAUCUAAAAUAAAAGAAUCAAUAUUUUGACAACUUCUGCUCUGACAUGAUAACUGUUAAAUAAGAGGAACUUCUCCUUGUACUAUACCUGCUUUUAUAAAUGUC